CUUUGGUUCCUUGUUUCUGUUCUUUAUUUCCAAAAAUUAUAAAAAAAAAACUCAUUUUCAUAAAUUUGUCUAUUACGAAUGUUUAUAUACUCGUUCACGUAUGUCAUCAUACCAGAUUACGAUAGAGGCGUUACGAUCGAUUCGAAAUACAGCUAUUUACAUGACGAGUGAUACCUUCACGAAUUGAACGAUUCGACCCCAGUUUGCUAUCGUAUGUCAUAAUGCCAAUCACCGCAUGCGAUUGACGUAUCACAUACUUUUCUUUUGUAGGCUUGCCGAUCCGUGCACGGAUGUAACGAUUCGACCCCAGGGGGGUUACUCUGUAAGGCGUUUCGCAAGUGAAAAAGCUCGUAAAUGAAAAAAAGCAACUCCGUAAGGCGACAAGCGCAUUGGAAAUUGCGUUUUGCGCACUUAUUUUUACCCCUUCGCAAUGGCAGCACUCUGUAUUGCGUAAACGACUGUCAAAUCUGUGCGUUUAACGUAUUUUUGAUUCGAUAUCAAACUGGCAAACGCAACGGACAAAAAAUGGAACAUUCAAAAAAUAAACAGACAAACCCAACACAGUUCGAAAUUUUAAUCAAUUUUAUGAAUACACAUUCGGAACUUUCCAAAGGACAACUUAAAACUGUGGACGCGAAAAAUGCAGCAAAUAAUUUGUGGAAAGAGUUGGUAUGUGACCUUAAUGCUGCGGGGCCACCAUCGCGCGAUGUUUUAAAAUGGAAAAAGGUUUGGUCGGAUUAUAAAACCCAUUUAAAAGCAAAAAUGCGGCGGAACAAAGUAAGUAUUUCUGGAACUGGUGGUGGUCCUCCAAGUCAUUGCUCCUUAACACCGUUGGAGGAGCAGGUUAGUGAACUUCUGGCAAUGGAAAUAUCCGUCAGUGGAAUAAGCGGCACCUCAGAAUUUGGUGCAGCACAAUUAACACAACCAAGUGGGUCAGACAUCACAACCGACGAAUUCCGACAGAAUGAACCAACGCCAGUGGAUGAAAUGCCACAUUGUUCACGACAAAGAGUCGCUCCGCAAAAGAAAGAUAGCCUUUUAAAUAAGCAGGUGGAUAACCAAAUCGCUUAUCACAAAGGCUCAUUAAAAGUGUUAUCUGAAAUUAAUGAAAAUCUCAAGAUAAUUUCAAAAUGUAUGAAAAAAAACAUAAAAUGGCUAAAAGAAAAUAUAAAUUGGCUGUUGAAAAAUUCGAACACAAAAAAAGGAUUGAUUUGGACAAAACAAAACUAAAAUUUGCAACACUAGAACUAAAAAAGCAAAUGCUUGAAAUUGAACGGUCCGGCCAAUAAAAAUAUUGUAUUUUAGUUAUUGAUAUUGAAGUCUGUUACUUUUUUGUAAUACUUACUGAUAAUUAC